UAUGUCGGUGAUCAGUGGCAUUAUCCAUUUGAUAUACAGCGUCAUGUCGGAACGACAUAGUGUCGCUGACGUCCACUGGAAUAGCGAUAUUUCCGGUUUGUCGGUGUCAGAACUAGAUGCUGCUGUCUAUGGCGUCCGCUGGAAUGACUAUAUCUCCUUGGCGACGAUUACCCUGAUAUCCUAUGAAUACCUCCUUCUCUUGGACAAAGAGAUCACGUACGUCUGGAAACGGCCGUGGUCACCAAUGACAUUCCUUUACCUCAUCGUCCGAUAUCUUGGACUUUUCCUUGCACUGCUUUGGGGUUUUUGGGGAGGACUGUUGUAUAUGCCUGAACCACUCUGCGAGUAUACCAUUUUCAGCCUGAACUGUCUUCGCUCAUCAUGAAAACAAAAUAGGCCGCGAUCUUGUCAUUUUUAUGGAAUGGGGCUAUUCCGCAUAUAUUUUGACUGCACAAAUCAUUCUCAUCUGGCGUCUUUAUGCGCUAUACAACCGUUCGAAGCUCCUACUUCGGGUCCUACUGGGGUUAUUCUUCCCCAUCGUCGCUGUCUCAAUAGGAACAGAUGUCUUUUUAUACAGUCGAUCUAGCGUGUUCUCGGG